UCAAUCUAGAGGGAAAAGGCUGAGGAAAGGCCGGACGGGGGAGGGCCGAGGGUGCAUUGAUUGGUUAUUUUAAGCAGGGAACUUUGCCGGCGUGGUAAGUGAUCUCCCUCACAUUGGUCUUCUAGUGUCGCUCUACACCAGCUUUGGCCUUCCCGCUUCUGCGCAGCCCGACCCGGCCAAAGCUACCCGGCCUGCCCCCUGUGUGUUUGUGUCAUUCUCCUUCUUGGAAGCAGCAUGUCCGACUACGGAUCUUUGCCGACCAAUGGCGUCGGCGCCGGAGCUAAAAAGGAUGCGUUUGCAGACGCGAUGGAACGAGCCAGACAGAUCGCAGCUAAAAUCAGCGGUGAGACUGCUCACCUGGCGAGCAACAAUGGAGGAGCGGAGGGGUACCCCUUUGCCGCACAGAAACGGUCCCUGGAAGGAGCAGACGAACCAGACGCCAAGAAGCUAGCGUCACAGAUUGAAAGAGAUUCUUCAUUGUCCAUCGGAGCUCAACUGGCCGCCCUGUCUCAACAAAGUAUGAGGCCUUCGACAAUGACAGAAGAGUGCAGGGUGCCUGACGCCAUGGUUGGUCUCAUCAUCGGCAGGGGAGGUGAACAGAUCAACAAAAUACAGCAAGACUCCGGCUGCAAGGUCCAGAUUGCACAUGACAGCGCCGGUCUUGCGGAACGAAGCGUUUCUUUGACGGGUUCACCUGAAGCCAUACAGAGAGCCAAGGCACUCAUCGAUGACAUUGUCUCAAGGGGCCCCGAUUCAAGCAAUGGGCAGACAGGUUCCAUGCAGGAGAUGAUCAUCCCUGCAGGCAAGGCCGGCCUCAUUAUAGGCAAAGGAGGAGAGACCAUCAAACAGCUACAGGAACGAGCCGGAGUUAAAAUGAUCCUCAUUCAAGAUGGAUCCCAGCCGCCCAACGUAGAUAAACCACUGCGCAUCAUUGGAGACCCUUUCAAAGUGCAGCAAGCGAAGGAGAUGGUCAAUGAGAUUCUACGGGAGCGAGAUCACGCUGGUUUUGGAGACAGGAACGAAUAUGGCUCAAGAAUCGGGGGAGGUGGCAUUGAUAUAGCUGUUCCCCGCCAUGCAGUGGGUGUCGUCAUUGGACGGAGCGGAGAGAUGAUUAAAAAGAUCCAGAGUGAUGCUGGAGUUAAAAUACAGUUUAAACCAGAUGAUGGAACUGGCCCGGAAAAAAUUGCUCAUAUUUCGGGUCCUCCUGACCAGUGUCAACAUGCAGCCUCCAUCAUCACAGACCUGCUACAGAGUAUCCGUGCACGAGACGAGGGGGGCCAGGGGGGCCCCCCUGGUUCAGGGAUGCCACCCGGCGGACGAGGACGGGGUAGAGGCCAGGGGAACUGGGGUCCCUCGGGGGGAGAGAUGACCUUCUCUGUUCCUGCUCACAAAUGCGGACUUGUGAUUGGCAGAGGAGGGGAAAAUGUCAAAUCCAUCAACCAACAGACUGGCGCAUUUGUUGAGAUGUUACGUCAACCACCACCGGAUGGUGACCCAAACUUCAAACUGUUCACCAUCCGUGGAUCCCCACAGCAGAUAGACUAUGCAAAGCAGCUAAUAGAAGAGAAGAUUGAGGCGCCGUUGUGUCCUGUGGGUGGCAGUCCUGGUCCAGGUGGUCCUGGUGGUUCGAUGGAUCCCUACAACCCCAACCCAUAUAAUGCUGGAACUCCUGGUGGUGCACCGCAUGGUGGUGCACCCAGUGGCCCACAGUACCAUCCUCAGGGUUGGGGGAACAACUACCAGCAAUGGCAGGCCCCAGGGCCACAUGACCCUAAUAAGGCACCAGCAGACCCCAAUGCAGCAUGGGCGGCCUAUUAUGCACAGUACUACGGUCAGCAGCCAGGGGGCGCCAUGCCAGCCCAGACCCCAGGUGAUCCCGGAGCACCAGGGGAACAGAACCAAGCGGCGCAGACUGCCGGUGGCCAGCCAGACUACACAAAGGCUUGGGAGGAGUACUAUAAGAAGAUGGGCAUGGUUCAGCCUGCAGGAGGGGCAGCGGCUGCUCCGGGGACAGCGGCUGCUCCAGCAGCAGCUGGAGGAGCAGCAGCAGCAGCAGCAGCAGGAGGAGGCCAGCCGGAUUAUAGUGCGGCCUGGGCGGAGUACUACAGACAGCAGGCUGCUUACUAUGGACAGGGAGGGCAGGCACCUGGGCAAGCAGCUGCCCCACAACAAGGACAACCGCAGGCCCAGUAAAGAGGUUGUGGGUAUGCGGAUGGUUUUGUCUGCUCUUGGGACUUCUGCUGAUAGGUAUUUCCAUUUUGGCUUCAACAAUUCAAGACAAUGAUUUCAGUCUCCUUUUUUUUUUUUAUUUUAAAAAUCAAAAUUUGUCAGUUGACUGAUCUAUUCUCCCCUACCCUGCCCUCCCCCUGCGACGAAACAAGGCCUGCGACGAAACAAGGGGGUAAAAGUUUUCUCAUGCAUUGCAACACGGCACUAAAUAAUUGUUUAUAGAAUCUGUUUGCUCCUUCAGCUCUCACAUACAUAUAGGUUUGUUUUACUUUUUCAAAACGUUGUAAAAUUCUAAGUAUCUAUACUGCAGAGGCGCUACAAUACUACAUUUUGGGUUUCACAAUUCAGGUUAAUAGUUUCACUUUGCGAUAUGUUUUAUGUUGAAAUUCUGUUUUGAUGGCAACAUUUUUCUUACUUUUGGUACCUUUUUAAACCUCAUUUAAAAUAUGUAUCAGUGUUGAAAUUGCAGUUGUGAUUGACCAUAAAAUUCUUAUUUUUAAUUUUAUUCACUGUAAAAAAAACAACAACAAAAAAAACAAGUGUUUUCCAGAAGAGGAUUGUGCGUGUGUCUGUACGCAACGUAUGCUACUGAACAGGAGAACGUGUGCAAGUUUGCUGUAAUAUGGCAUCUCAUAUGUUGGUUGUGUAUGCAUGUAUGUGUGGGUGUGUCUGCCCUCUGCUUAUUUCUACAACGUAAUCGAUGGACAAUUUUUUUUUCUUUUUCCCCCUCCAAUAGGCUCUGUCAUUGUAUUUUCUUAUUUUUUACAGCUUGUUUUUAAAUACUUAAAAUAAAACAUUCAGAUCCAACAACUUUUGGAAGUUAA